CAGAAAAAAAAAAAAAAAAAAGAAAUUAUCACACAAAGUACAGAUAGCAAUAAUAAAUAAACUAAAUAUUUAAUCAUUUAAUUAUUAUUAUACAUAUUUAAAAUAUUUUAAUAGGUUUUUUUUUUUUUUUUAAAUUAAAAUAUAUAUUUUUAAUAAUAUAUAUUUUAAAAUAGAAAAAAGAAAAAAAACGGUUUAGUUUAUAAACUGGGGCUAUUUCAAAAAAAGAGGGGAAAACCCUCAAAGGAGGAGGUUUUGGCAAGUAAGAGGGAAGAAGCAAAUUUAUUAGCCAAUCAACUACAUCUUCGUCUCAUUGAAAUCAACAAGCUUACUGAUGAAAGGGCUCCACAUUUUAUGAAUUCCCCACUCAGGGAAGAAAUAGAAAAUGAAUUUACCCAAGCCAAAGAAAUUAUCUCUAAAAAGUAUAAGGUUGUCAAAGAUGUUAUAUUAGAAGUAGAAGCAGAAUUAGAAGGUGAUGAAAACAAUAACCCAAAUACAAUAAAGAAAUUGAUCAACCUUUUGAAUGAGGUUUUGGAUAUACCUCCACCAUUAGCAAAUAUUGUAACUCUAACCAAAAAAAGCGUUGACAAGAAAAUUGAAAAAUCAAAGAGAAGAAGUUCUGGUAGCAGUAGCAGUAAAAGAAAUAGUUUUAGUGAUAAUGAUUUAAAUAGCUCUACCGGCAUUGGUAACAAUCAGCCCAAUAUUAUUAGAGAUAGCAAUGCAAGUGGUGGUAGUAGCGGUGGUGGUGCCUAUGGCGCAAUUAGGGAUAGUAAUGGUCUUCUAAAUAGUAAUGGCAUUAAUGUCAGCAGCAGUAGUGUAAAUGUUGGAAAUGUUAGUGCAUUAUCAAAUAGUAAUGGAAGUAGUGAAAACGCUCAAAAUGAUAAUGAUAACAAUGCUGGCACCUCAAAUGGUUCAUCAAAUGAUUUUAGUGAGGGUUCAAAUUCAGAUUAUAAUGAUAAUACUUCAGAUAGUGGUUUAAAUUCUAUAAACAAUACAAGUACUCAAAGUAAUAAAAACAAUACACUUUUUAAUAGCACAAUAACACCAAAUAACAAUAAUACUUCAAUAGUUGUAAAUAGUAGUAAUAAUAAUAGUAAUAGUAGAAGUAGUAAUGGUUUAAAUGUUAAUAGUAAUAGCAAUAAUAAUAAUAAUAAUAAUAAUAAUAGUAAUAGUAAUAACAACAGUAAUGGCAACAAUGCCAAUAACAACAAUAACAAUAACAACAAUAAUAACAAUAGAAGAUUAAGUGCUAAUCAAGGAUCAGAACUGGGUUCAGUUACAACCGAAAAAGACUGUGAUAUUGAUUUGGAACAAAUUGAUAUUGACCAUGAAAAAAUUCCAGCACCACAAAGAUCGUCCCAAAGAAAUGUAAACUCCUAUAAAAAUCUUAGACCUGCAGAUAUUGAUAUUGGUAUUGAUGAUAUUGAUGGUAUUGAAAUCAGAAGACCAAUUGAUGAAAAUCCUGGAAUUGACGAGGACGAAUUUGAAAUUAUUGAAAAGCCAAUGCCUCAACAGCAACAAUUGCAAACACAAAAUAGAAAAAAUUCAAACCCAAGUUUAAAUGAAGAAACAAUAACUGAUAAAGAUAAAUCAAUAAAAUAUAUAAACAAUAGUAACUCUGUAAAUAAUUCAACUAGUGCAGUUAAUUCAACACCAGUAAAUAAUAAUACAACCACAAACAACAAUACUAAUAAUGUUAAUAAUAAUAACAAUAAUAACCAUAACACUAAUAAUAGCCCAAAUGCCUCAGACAAUACAAAUAAUAAUAGUGUAAUUCCACAUAUCUUUGAAUUUGACGAUGUUGAUAAUCAACAAUAUUCACAAACAAAUGCACCAAAUAACGGCUCAUGGGUAAUAACCAUUUCAAAUUUUACUCACAAGAGGGAUCAAUUCUAUACAUCAAUUUUCCCAUUAGUUGGCGCCAACUGGCGUUUAAAAAUAUAUCCAGAUGGUAAAGAUUCAACUGGUAAACUUUCAAUUUUCGUUAGUAACUGUGAUAUGUUAGAUAAUCCAUUCUUUGAAAAGUCAGUCUCAUACAGAAUUACUUUGGUAAAUAUGAAAAAACCAAAUGAAAGUCUUGAAAAAUUCUCAGCUCACAAUUUUAAUAUGAAAGAAUUAAAUCAUGGUUAUGUUACAUUUGUUAGAUUAUUUACAAUUUUAAAUCCAGAGAAUGGUUUUUUAGUCAACAACCGUUUAAAGAUUAAAAUAGAUAUGGCUUCAACCUCUCCUUUGAUUGACAAUUCUAGCAAAUUCAAUAUCGGUGCUACCCAAACCUACUCUUAUCGUAUUCCAUCCAUCUCCAAAAAAUUGGAUGCUUUUUCAUCACCAGUUUUCAAAUGUUGUGAUAAACUGUGGUCCAUUAAGGUACAUCCAUGUGGUCAACCAGUCAGUAACCAAGUUUCAGUGUACUUGGAAUAUAAAGACAGUGGCGAAGAAAACGUAUUGUUUUCUUUAGAAUUGGUCAGUCAAACAUAUCCCGAUAAAUCAAUUAAAAACUGGGUUCAGUACACUUUUAAUAGCAAGAAUCUUUCAUUUGGUUAUCCAAAAUUCAUCGGUAUUUUUUCUUUAUUCGAUCCAGAAAUGGGUUUUAUCAUUAAUGAUUCUAUCAUUAUGAAUGUAACUUUAAUUCAACUUAAACCUCAAAAGAGAAGAUUAUUUGGUUUAUAAAUAUUC